AAAGCGCCGGGAGCCGCCGGGGCUGCGGCUGGAGCUGGCGGGAGCGGUGCCCGGGGUAUCUCGGGGUGGGCAGCCCGGCUGGCCCCCACCCUUCGCCGCCUUCCCCCAGCGCCAGCAGCGGGCCCCCUCCCCGCCCAAGAUGCUGUUUUGGCACACGCAGCCGGAGCACUACAACCAGCACUCCACCGGCAGCUACCUGCGAGAUGUCCUUGCGCUGCCGAUCUUCAAGCAGGAAGAACCUCAGCUGUCUCCUGAGAAUGAAGCCAAAUUGCCUCCAUUUCAGUACGUCCUUUGCACAGCCACAUCACCUGCUGUGAAACUGCAUGAAGAAACCCUGACCUACCUCAACCAAGGUCAGUCUUAUGAAAUCCGUCUACUUGAGAAUAGGAAAUUGGGAGAGUUUCAAGAUUUAAACACAAAAUAUGUAAAGAGUAUAAUUCGUGUAGUUUUCCAUGAUCGACGCCUACAGUACACAGAGCAUCAGCAGCUGGAGGGCUGGAGGUGGAGUCGGCCUGGGGACCGCAUCCUUGAUAUAGAUAUUCCGCUGUCAGUUGGCAUCUUGGAUCCCAGAGCCAGUCCCACACAGCUGAACACUGUUGAAUUUUUGUGGGAUCCAUCAAAGAGAGCCUCAGCAUUCAUUCAGGUACAUUGUAUCAGCACAGAAUUUACUCCACGGAAACAUGGAGGAGAGAAGGGGGUUCCUUUCCGGGUACAAAUCGACACCUUUAAGCAGAAUGAAAAUGGUGAAUACACAGAACACUUGCACUCUGCAAGCUGCCAGAUCAAGGUGUUCAAGCCUAAAGGAGCAGACAGAAAACAGAAGACUGACAGGGAAAAAAUGGAGAAGAAGACCACCCAAGAGAAGGAGAAGUAUCAGCCUUCCUAUGAGACAACUAUUCUCACAGAGUGCUCUCCCUGGCCAGAUGUGCCUUAUCAAAUGAACAAUGCUCCAUCUCCAAGCUACAACAGUUCUCCCAACAGCUUCAACCUUGGAGAUGGAAACAGUUCUCCAACCCACCAAGUGGAGCUCCUGCCUCCCAGCAAUGAUCAUCUCCUUCCUUCUGCUUCUAUUCAAGAUGCCCAGCAGUGGCUUCAUCGUAAUAGGUUCUCUCCAUUCUGUAGACUCUUCUCAAGUUUUUCGGGUGCUGACUUACUGAAGAUGUCCAAAGAAGAUUUUGUUCAAAUCUGUGGGCCUGCUGAUGGAAUUCGGCUCUUUAAUGCAAUCAAAGGAAGAAAUGUAAGGCCCAAGAUGACAAUUUAUGUCUGUCAAGAACCAGAGCAUAACAGGUCCCACCUCCACCAAAAACGAGAGAAUGGAGAUGGCAGUCUUUGCGUAUAUCAUGCAAUUUUCUUGGAAGAAUUGACCACCUUGGAAUUAAUUGAGAAGAUUGCAAACUUGUACAGCAUUUCUCCACAGCAGAUAAAUCGAAUCUAUCGGCAGGGGCCCACAGGGAUCCAUGUAUUAGUGAGCAAUGAGAUGGUGCAGAACUUCCAAGAUGAAUCUUGUUUUGUUAUCAGCACAUUAAAAGCUGAAAGCAAUGAUGGCUACCACAUCAUUUUAAAAUGACCGUGCUGCACAGAAAGACUUUAACAGCCUAAAAUUUAGUGCCUCACUGAGAUUGCUACAACCUAGACUGGAAACAUGAAGAACCUUCUGGAUAAAAUGCUCCUAUGAACUAAGAAUUACCAAACAGCUUAAAGAAAAACUUGCUUUUACAGAUACACAUUUUUUUCUUUGAAGCUGGAGUUAAGAACAUCCUCAAAGCUUGUAUAUGUUCCUUCCUUCCUCCCUUCCUCUCCAGUCUUAAAAAUUGUUGAGGUUUCUGCUUACUGCUUAGAAACAUCUGCCUUGUACUAAAGGGAAAUGAAAGAUAAACAAAAACCAAUUCUCUAGACCCAUCAUGGUUGGGUGAAUUGUUUUAUUUACAGUUCUGAGUGUUUCUUGCUUUCAACACACACCCCAUAGCUGAUGGACAUAGGCUCCCUGUGGCUCCUCUUUUACUCUUUGAGGUGGAGGGCUUGGGGCUAAAUCCAGGAGCAAAUUGAGCAACGCAGACGAUGGAUUUGGUGCCCAGUCCCCAUUCAUAGUGUCAACCCUGGAAGCCUGCAAUUAGCUGCUUCCCAUUUGUAGAUGUGCUUGAAGUCCCAAGACCUUAGUCUAACCUGACAGAGCUUCUUUAAUGCUUAUCCAAUAGAACAAUUUUUGCAGGGUUCAAGAGAGGACAGGCAACCUGAAGCAAGCAGUUCAGUACUGUAUUAUAUCUUUAGCUUUAGAGUAGUCUCCUUGCAUGGAGUAUGAGAGGGUUUUCGGAGGAAAUAUUUUGAACAUUGAAAGGUAUAGAGCUCAUGACAAAUUCAUAUCUCAGAUUUAUUCUACUCUACAAAGUGUUAAUUACCUGCUGUCUCUAAAAUAACUGGGAAUUAGGCUUUAUGAUCUUGGAAGAGAAAAUCGUUAAAGUAAGUAAAACUGAGUUUAGAUUGAGCCCAGGUAAUGGAUUGUCUUAGUUGCUGCUGCUUAUAUUCUUGCUGUUUCACUCUGGACUCCUGUUUCAAAUAUUCUCAACUAAGUUAACCCCCACACCCCUCCCCAGGUCUCUUGGGAUGCCAUCCAGGCUCCAUGAAGCUGAAAAAGUGGUUUUCACUGAUGUCAAAGGCGAACUGGAUCACACCCUUCUUGCAUGGAUGAAUGAUUUUGGCAGCUAAUUAAUAAGGCUGUCUCCCAAACUGAAUGGCUAUCUAGCAUCAAAUUCUUCUGCUUGAACAUUUCAUUUCUCCUUGAAUUGAGACAGAAAGCUGAAAUACCAACACUUUCCUGGAAUGGAUUUUU